ACAGUGCAUCAGUAGCAGGCCAUUCCAGAACAGCCAUGGCGUAUCCUUUGGCUUUUAGGUGCACUCCACUUGCACUCUAGUGCUCAAGGCGACUCGCUUGGUCACUUAUCCUCGGCAAAAUCGCCUGAUAAGAGCUUCCUGGUAUUUCUGAUCCUCCAGUCAUCCCCUAUUUUUUGUGAAACAGCUAUCCUCAGCCUGCACUGGGUCUGGAGGGUCCUGCAGCUGUAUGCGACCUUUAUUUUUCACUCGACGGUUUUUGGCCCUUUUAGCGUAGACUUCCCUCGGGUAGUCUCUGGAGAUAUUACUAGUAACUGUAGAUAAUAGACAGUUUAUUCCUACUCUUGCCUGAUUCAUAUCUCACGCCGUGGCCUGCAGUUCUUAGGCUCUCUCGCACGCUUUUGCAGUCGCGUGGACUUCGUGCGAUGGCGUCGUCCAUGUCGGUCGCCGACGUCGCAGCCUUCGCAGCGUCGUCGCUCGUCGAGUUCGCAGAAGUCAUCGUCAUCGCCGUCGCCACGUCCGUCCCCGUCGCCGGCCUCUGUAUAGGCGUCCCCGUUGUCCGCAUUAUCACCGCGUGCCUGCGCGGGCAGCGUACGCGUUUUAAUUACAUCCGGUGGUGGCUAACGUGCGCCGUGUCGCUCCUGCUGCUCGUUAAUCUCCUCUUCCUAGCGGUCGGCAUCGGCGCGCUUUGGCUGCAGAUGCCGCCUGAUCCGGCCGCCAUGUCCAAGGGGACGUGCCGCGUCGUUUCCGCAGGCGUGGAUUUGCGAUCCGUCAAGCUGUGCACCGUUAACGACACCUCCUCCUCGUCCUCGUCGUCGUCGUCGUCGCCCACCUGGUUACCCUCUUCGCCACCCACCUGGCAAGCCCCUUCGCAGGCCUCGCCGCACCCCUCCUCCCGUCCGUUCGCCACUCAAUCCUCGUCCUCUCCUUACGCCUCCCCUUCUCCUCCUUCCUCCCCCAACCACCCCUCUUCCGCGCACGUCUCCUCAUCCUCCUGUCACUCCGCGCCUCCUUCUUCCCCCUCAACCGCCUCUCCUCCCUUCGCCUGUUCCUCUCCCCAUUCCCCUCCUGUCUCCCCCCCUCCCCCCAACUCCCCCUCCUCCCCCCCCUCGUCGCCCCCUUCCCUCUCUUCCUCCCUUCUCUCUCUCCUCCCCCACCCUCUCCUCUCCGUGCUCCCCCUCUCCCCCUCCGCCACGCGCUGCCACUUCACCUACUAUUGGGCGGCUUUAAUCCAGCUGGACCUCAACGUCUCCUUCCACUCGCCGUCCAACACGUGGCGGUCGAUGCGUCAGCAGAAGCGGCUGAAAAGUCAACGGAAUCAAACGGAGUCUGUCAAGGCCGGGAAGCAGGACAGUGCUGCGUCAGCGUCAGGGGGCGAGCAGAAGGCGCACUGGGGCCAAGAGAGCAUAACCACCAUCCGCACCACCACCACGCUCCCCGACCCACUGUCGCUCUCGCUGCCUGACUCCAAAUGCCGCCCGGAUUUCAACGCCGCGUGGCGCGCGAAGGACAAGUACAAGGUGGCCUCCCUGCACAAGUGCCUCUACGACCCCCGCCACCCGCACAGGGUGCACCUGCCCCCGCCCCGCUCCAUGCGCCAGUGUCCGCCCCCUGCGCGCCAGGGGAUCUUCAUUCACCUGGCUGCAGGCGCCAUAAACAAAUGGUUCUUUUCAGACGAGUCCAUAUUCCAGCCCUCAUCGUCGGUGGGCAAGCUCUACCUGGGUCUCAGCCUUGGAGUUCUCCUGGGGGUGGCGUGCUGUGUCGGCACACACGUCUUUGGCCGCAUCGUCGUUGCACUCGACUGCUUCCAGCCCCCUGCCUCCUCCCUCUUCGUCUCCGCUAUUGAGGUGAGUCGUGGCCUGCGCAUCACUCUCAUCGGCAGGUGCCACACACUCGCAGCAGGCAGCGAUGGAAGGGAGCAGGCUGGGCGAGCUUCUCAAAUCCCCAGAGCGAGCUCCAGCAGAGGGAGCAACAGUGGCAGUGGGGACGGCAGCGGUGGCGGCAGCAGCGGUGGUAGCAGUGUGCUAUACCCACAGGAGCCCUCCCCUGGGUCACUUGAAACAAUCCGAGGAUUCUGCCGCCCUUCCUUGGUGGACGGCCCGAUUUUCUCCAAGAGGCACUCUCACCGCUCCCAAGAGCUCCCCCGCGCGGCAACCUCAGAGCUCCCCAAAACUGGCUUUUCCCCUGAGGAGCUUGACGAUCUCCCAGAGAGCAUCCUCGGCUGCUUCUGCCCGUCUCUUGUCGACAGCCCAUUCCUGGCCAAGAAACACCUGAACCGCUCACCUGAGCGGUCACCUGAGAGGUUUCCUGGGCGGUUACCCAGCCUUCGGCGCUCGUCCAGCUUAAGCCACAGCCUGAGCCAUUUUCUGGCACCAAGGGCAGAUGUGGAGCCGCUUUCGCUGGGCCAGCAGGCGGAGCAGGCACCUUGGCAGCAGCCACAGUCACAACUGUUUAGGUCACAAGAGCAGGAGCAGGAGGUGAGUCCGGAUGCAUGGCAGUCAUGCUCUGUGGCGUCGCGGCGUCCAGCAGUGGCAGAAGCUCCUGCAGGAGCACAGCUGGGUGAUGUGGGUGGUGUGGGUAGCUGCUCUGUCACACAAGAUUCUGUGGCCGCUGUUCAAGAGGCAGAGCAACCACCAGGAGUUCCGCCACUGUCACUCUUGUCGGCAGCGCCCUUGCCACCAA